CUGCUGCAUUCGUCGUAUAUAUAUAUCGAUAGAUCACUAGCUAGCUAAUUGAGCAUAACCAACCAUAUAUAGUGUUGUUAGUAUACUUGAUCAAAUUAAUUAAGCUUUUUUCCCCUUGAUUGAUCGAUCGAAAGAGUACCGCGAAUCGAUCAAUAAUCAGAUUCAAUGGCAGCGCCGCGGUGGGCGGCGUUCAUGGCGGCGGCGGCGGCGGUGCUGGUGGUGUGCGCGGCGGCGUUGGCGUCCGCCGCGACUCCGCCGAAGCCGAGCAGCAUGGUGGUGAUCACUCCGACGAAGCAGGGAGGAGUGGGGAAGCGAAACAGCGCGUUCACGUGCGAGGACACCCGGCGGCGGCGGCCCAAGUGCAUGGCGACGUGCCCCGACCGGUGCCGGACCAAGUGCCUGGUCCUCUGCCCCACCUGCAAGACCUUCUGCCUCUGCGACUUCUACCCGGGCGUCUCCUGCGGCGACCCCCGCUUCACCGGCGGCGACGGCAACAACUUCUACUUCCACGGCAAGAAGGACCGCGACUUCUGCCUCCUCUCCGACGCCGCCCUCCACGUCAACGCCCACUUCAUCGGCAAGCGCAACGCCGCCAUGUCCCGCGACUUCACCUGGAUCCAGGCGCUCGGCGUCCUCUUCGGCGCCCGCCACCACCGCCUCGCCCUCGCCGCCGCCCGCGCCGCGCGCUGGGACCCCGCCGCCGACCACCUCGAGCUCACCUUCGACGACGACCGCGUCGACCUGCCUCGCCACGACGGCGCGCGCUGGUCGCCGCCGGGAGCCCCGGCGCUGUCCGUGACGCGCACCGCGCCGGCCAAUGGCGUGGUGGUGGAGCUCCGGGGCGUGUUCCGCAUCGUGGCCAGCGCGGUGCCCAUCACGCGGGAGGAGUCGCGCGCCCACAACUACGGCGUCGCCGACGACGACUGCCUCGUCCACCUCGACCUCGGCUUCAAGUUCGAGGCGCUCACCGACGACGUCCAUGGCGUGCUCGGCCAGACCUACCGCUCCGACUACGUCAACACCCUCAACGUCACCUCCAACAUGCCCGUCAUGGGCGGCGCCGCCAACUUCCUCACCACCGGGCUCUUCGCCACCGACUGCGCCGUCGCUCGCUUUGCCAAACCUGCCACGGCCGCCGCCGCCGGCGCCGGCAUCUCCUUGGUCACCGACGCCAAGUACGUGUAGACACACGAGGAGACGGUCGCUCGCUCGCGACAAUUAAUGUAUAAUACGUAAUUACGUAUACGUACGUACGUACACAAAAUUAACUGUCUUGCUGUCGCCAGUAUACGAAUAAUUAACACAUCUACUACUACUACCAAGGUAUUUGUUGUAUUGACAAUUAUAUUUAAUUGAAAUAUCGAGGAAUAAUAAUUUUGAUUUGUUUGCAAGUA